GAAUGUAAGGUCACAAUGAAUCAGCUGCUUCGUCUUGGCAGUCUGAAGCACCUCACUGGAGCAUCCGCUCCUAGGAUAUGUUACUCUACAUUUCCGCUAAUUAAUCGUGUUGAGCAGUAUUCAGCACGUCUGGUAUAUAUUUCCUCAUAUUUUUCAUUAUGUAGUUUAAAUCAAGAUCUAAGUGGAAAUGGGGAUCUACAAAUGCUAAUUAUUCCAGUGGCCAUCAAAGUGAUGAUCCUUCCAAAAAUAACCCAGACAUUGUGGACAUUUAUGCAUUAGCUGCUGGUGGUGCUUCAAUCGCCCUCUUGUUAAUUGCGUGGUGGUUAAUUGCUAAUGUACCCCAUAUAACCCAAGUAACUUUCGGAAUGCUCGUAUCCAUGUUGGAAAGAGGUGAAGUUCAAAGGAUACAAAUAACGUCUUCCGGUGAUGUGUACAUUCUCACUUAUCAACAUGGUCAACUGCCUCACCUAGAUGGGGUAAAGAUUUUGUAUUUUACAGCGCUUAAGAUCCUAAUUAGCGAAUAUCUCGAUGGGUCAGGAAGAUGUACUCCUUUUUGUACCAAACUUGGAGUAACCAAUCCUAACAGGUCAUGUUUUUUUUCCGUUUUUUAGUUCAAGUAUAGAACUUAAGUUCAACAGUAAUCUGGUACAAAGUAAUUGAUUCAAGGUACCCCGAUCGUGUCAAACCUGAGUAAUUUCAGUCCCAAGUCGUAGAUGUCUUCUGUAAGCAAUACUGAACUUUAGGUUGAAGUGUUUUAUAUUCAUAUGUCGGGUGACAGUAGACUUAAGAAUUUUCACCAUUCGAAAACAUACUGUGGUUAUGGGCUUUCGUAGGUUACCUUUCAUUUUAUCCUAUAAUUAUAUACAAGGUCUCAUUCUAAACCACAGGUAGUCUGAAUUAACAGAAUCUGUACUUUUGAUUCCUGUUAUCAGUGAGAUUGACUGGUUGAUUCUUAUUUUGAGUUUCUAUCUAAAGGGACUUGGAGGAUUGAGGCACAAUUACUACAUAUUCAACUUGAUUUUUGUUGAUCUUAUCCAGAUAUUCUUAGUUUUUACCUUAAGUUUUCUAUUCUAACGAGUCGGAAAAAUGUUUGUUACUUAAAAACUCCUUUAUGUUUUUAAGAUAUUUCCUAACUACUUUACUAUACCCUCACUUGUUAAUCAUCAUCCCAAAUUUUCUGUAGCUGGUUUUGAAGCACUCAGUACCUGUAAAUGAAUUUAUAAAAAAAUUACGAUCCCUAGAGGAUAUGUGGGGCAUUGAAGAACAUGACCGUAUCCCAGUCCAGAUGUCUGACUUACCUUUGAACACGUUCAUGCAAAGAUGGAAUACGAAAUUGUGUACUGGUCUUCUACUUAUAUCUUGUGGAUUGUUCACAUUUUCAAUGAGGAGAGUGUUGUCUCAAAAAAAGAACUUAGAAAAAGCAGCGAAUAGCGGUAUUUUGAAGAAGUCCAUAAAUAUCUCAAAGUAUCAUGAUGACCCUAAGCCACCGAAAACAUCGAGUUCAAGUUUUGAUUCUGAAAACGACCGAUUUUCUUUUCGUCCACCCUUUCAGUGGGAUCCAAUUACUGGUUUCAAUACAAUUAAACCUACAACAUCCACCGUGAAAUUCAAGGACGUCGCUGGUCUUCAUGCAUGUAAACAAGAAGUUAUGGAGUUUGUUUCUUAUCUAAAAAAUCCUCAAAAGUAUCAAGCGUUAGGUGCUAAGUUACCAAAGGGGGCACUUCUACUUGGUCCACCGGGAACUGGAAAAACUUUGCUUGUUAAAGCAUUGGCCAAUGAAGCAGAAGUACCUUUCUUUUCAAUGGCUGGACCAGAAUUUGUAGAGGUUGUCGGUGGACUUGGUGCUCUUCGAUUACGACAGCUUUUCAAAGUAGCUCGUUCUCAUUCACCAGCUAUAAUAUUCAUAGAUGAGCUUGAUUCCCUUGGUCGACGUCGUAAUUCUGGUGAUCAGAGAGAGGGUGGUGGUGGUGUAUCUGAGAUGGAACAGACACUGAAUCAACUACUUGUAGAAAUGGAUGGAAUGGAUACAACUGAAGGUGUUAUUGUAUUUGGAGCGACAAAUCGAGCUGACUUGUUAGAUAGAGCUCUGUUACGUGCAGGACGGUUUGACAGACAUAUUUUUAUUAAUUUACCAAAUCUAUCUGAACGUAAAGAAAUAUUUGCUGUAUACCUUGCUAAAUAUCGACUUGCUCCUGAUGUUGUACAAAAUGAACUUGUUGAACGUUUAUCAGCCUGGUGUCCCGGAAUGUCUGGAGCCGAUAUUGCACGUCUAUGCAAUGAAGCUGCUUUGUCUGCUGCUCGAAGAGAUGAUAAAGUUGUUGGUGUUACUAAAGCUGAUUUUGAAGCGGCACUUGAAAGAAUAGUAGCAGGCGCUGCAAAACAUUCAAACCCACUUACGGUUGCUGAACGCCACAUGUCUGCUGUCCAUGAAUCUGGUAGGGCUCUUGUAGCAUGGCUUCUUUCAGAUAGUGGAGUACUACCUAUAAAAGUCUCAAUUAUACCGCGUACGGUUUCUGGUCCAGAUACUGUUGGUGAUCUGGGUUUUACUCAGUUAAUAUCAGAAGAAAAAUAUUUACUUAAUACUGAUGAUCUAGCUGAUCGUAUGUCUGUAUUACUGGGUGGUAGAGCAGCUGAGCAUGUUGUAUACAAUGCAAUUUCAGAUGUUUCGCGAAAAUAUCUUCAGGAAGCUAAUAAAUUAGCAAUGAAGCAAGUACGUAAGUUUGGAAUGUCUAAGAAUAUUGGAAACCUCAGCUUUGACGACGAGUCAUCCAGUGGACUGUCCUCUCUGAAACCGUUCUGUCGAAAAACGGAAGCCAUCAUGGAAAUAGAAGCCAAUCAACUCUUAUCUUCAGCAUUUUCGCGUUCUGUAAAAAUGUUGGAAGAAAAUAAGGACAACCUGUUAGCACUUAUUGGUGCUCUUUUAAAAAACGAAGUUCUCAGUUACGAUGACCUGACGAAAAUUUUAGGUGAUAACAAACGUUCAACAAAAAUCAAACCUCGUUUAUAAUGUAAUUUCGUUUAAAUUCCUUCAACGUUUUGUGUAUAUAAACAUAGUAUUAACCC